AUGUUUUCGCUCGCCUCAGCUCCACACAUUUGCACUGUGUUACGCACUACGUCGCCCAGCCGUCGACUGAUUUUCCGCUUGCGUUGUCAUGCGAUACGCGUAUUAUCAACGAGACCAACAGCCGAAGUGGCUGUAGCCACAUGUUCCAAGACAGCGGCUACUGCAGCUAUCGACGUGAUCCCAUUAACCGAAAUGAUGACACUCAAGGACCGUCUUACAAUUUAUAGUCAACUAGGCAAAGCACGUCUUAGUGCAUUGGUAGUUAUGACCACAGGCGCGGGUUUUUUGAUGGCUGGAGGACCCAUUUCCUGGUGCACCUUUGCUGCUGCCACAGUUGGAACGUCUUUGGCUGCUGUAUCUGCCAAUACAUUCAAUCAGUCUUGGGAGGUUGACCUGGACGCUAAAAUGCAGCGUACCCAUCGCCGUCCUCUUCCGUCGGGACGGAUCUCCCAGUCACAUGCUCUGACCUUUGGUGCUGCUACGGGUACAGCCAGUGCGGCUGUUCUAGCCGUUGGAUGCAGUCCAUUGGUGGCUUCAUUGGGCGUGCUGAACAUUGGUCUCUAUUCGCUAGUGUAUACUCCAAUGAAGAUGAAAAGCGAGCUCAACACAUGGGUAGGCUCUGUCGUGGGUGCCAUCCCGCCUAUUAUGGGCUGGGCGGCUGCUACAGGAACUAUUAUGGCACCGGAAGCUGCGCUGCUGGCGUACUUGAUGUAUUGCUGGCAGAUGCCGCACUUUUUUGCUUUGAGCUGGCGAUCACGCAAAGAUUAUGCCCGUGGAGGCUACAAGAUGGUAGCGUGCAACGAUCCCACGGGCUCUCGAAGUGCUGCUUUGGCACUAAGGUACUCGUACUAUAUGGGUGCAAUCCCGAUUGUGGCUGCGGUCACAGAUGCUACGAGCUACAUGUUUGCGGUGGAAGGUACCGUCGUGAACGCGUACACGAUCUACUUGGCGCACAAUUUUUACGCCAACCCGUCAAAUGCAUCAGCACAGAAGGUCUUCCUGGCUUCGCUUUGGUAUCUGCCUGUCAUUAUGGGCUGCAUGGUCCUGCACAGUCAGCAGUGGAUGGAUGACGAGGAAAUUGAAACCAAGAAGGAAGCUAACGUGUGGCGCGAGGUAUUUUUGGGUGAAGUGGUGGAGGAGGACUUUCAGUCGCAGGAUCCCUCGGCUCAUAUUGAAGAGAGUUCUAUGUCUGCGUGGUUGGUGGCAAAGGUGCGCACCGUGCGCCACAGCCUUCGGGAUUUUUGUAUUCACGAAAAUUUGUGGGGAGCAAAGGACGGCAAGCACCAGGCUGACAAGUCCAACGUGCUUUGUCCCGUGCACGUGGGUCACCAGGCUAAGGAGACCGUGACAAUAACAGCACAGGCUUCCAGCAAGGACUGA